AUGAAGUCCAUGUGGCAGUCGAAGAGCCUAGGUCGCACCAGUCGUGCCCUGAGGCGACGACCUGCGCUCUGUGCCAAGCGUAGAGGUCUUGCCACAGUUGCGCCGGAGGCAACGAGGCCAUUUGAUGUUAUUGUUGUAGGCGGUGGACAUGCUGGUACCGAAGCCUGCGCCGCCGCAGCGCGCUCUGGGGCAAGAACUGCCCUCAUAACGCCCAAGAUCGACAACUUAGGUGUAUGCUCGUGCAAUCCCAGCUUCGGUGGGAUAGGAAAAGGGACAAUACUACGAGAAAUCGAUGCUUUAGACGGAGUAUCAGGGCGGAUAAUAGAUAAGGCCGGCGUGCAAUUCAAGGUUCUGAAUCGGGUAAAGGGACCCGCAGUUUGGGGACCACGAGCGCAAAUUGACCGUGCCCUAUAUCAGAAGCACAUGCGCGAGGAGUUGCAAACAUACCCAAACUUGUCUAUAAUAACUGGCAGUGUUUCGGAUAUCGUCAUAGACGAGGCUUUCAUGGACCCAGAUAGUGCCGCCAAGAGCAGAAUCACGGGUGUACGGUUGGAGACGGGUGAGAUACUGCCAACGACACAGGUCAUUAUUACGACGGGAACCUUCCUUGGCGGAGAGAUACAUAUCGGAUUAGAGACUUAUCCAGCUGGGCGUAUGGGCGAACAAGCGACUUUCGGGCUGAGCAAGUCGUUACGUGACGCUGGAUUUAAGCUUGGGCGCUUGAAAACAGGUACCCCGCCACGGAUUGCAAAAGAUAGUAUCGACUACAGUGCGCUCGCAAUACAACCUGGUGAUGAUCCACCAGAACCUUUCAGUUACCUCAACGACCGCGUGUCGGUGGAAGAUCAAAUGCUCUGCUGGGUCACUUACACGAAUGCGCGCUCACACGACAUCGCGCGCGCCAAUCUUGACAAGACUAUUCAUAUUCGAGAGACUGUGAAGGGACCACGGUACUGUCCGUCGCUUGAAUCUAAGAUUAUCAAGUUUGGUGAUAAGGAUAGACACAUCGUGUGGUUGGAGCCGGAGGGAUUCUCUAGCGAUCUUAUCUACCCAAAUGGACUAUCAAUGACGAUUCCCGCUGAGGCACAGGAGCAGCUCCUACGCACAAUUCCGGGACUCGAGAACUCCCACAUGACACAGGCCGGCUACGGUGUGGAGUAUGACUACGUCGACCCGCGUAGUUUGAAAUCCACACUGGAGACUAAGGCAAUUUCUGGCCUAUUUCUCGCCGGCCAGAUAAACGGUACGACGGGCUACGAGGAGGCUGCAGGGCAGGGUAUUAUAGCUGGCAUCAAUGCCGGCCGGGCGGCGCAGGGUCUCGAGCCCGUCACUAUUACCCGCGCCGAUGGAUACAUCGGCAUUAUGAUAGACGACCUGAUCACCAAGGGUGUAUCUGAGCCGUACCGUAUGUUCACGUCGCGCAGUGAAUAUCGGGUGGCGAGCCGAGCCGACAACGCAGACCUUCGCCUCACGGCUAAAGGUCGCUCCUGGGGUGUGGUAUCGGACAAGCGCUGGUCGGCCCACACCGACUUAAAGGACCAACUCGAUUCCCUGACCUCUAUUCUUGCCUCGUACCACCUUACUAGCCGGGCCUGGUUGGAAGCGGGGUUCCGCGUGCGAAUUGAUGGCAGGGGGCGAAACGGUUACGAGAUGCUCCGCCAACCCGACACCGGCAUUCGCGAACUCGCAGACAAGAUCCCUGAGAUUCAUCAGUAUUCCGAAAAGAUCCAGAACCGCGUCUCUACCGAAGCGCGCUACGCGCCAUACGUUGUCAUGCAGCAGGCGGAAACCGCGCGCACCAUGCGCGACGAGGCGUUGAGACUCCCUACAGACCUUGACUACGAAAAUGUGGCGGGUCUCAGCAUCGUGGAGAAGGCGAUUCUAAAAGCCACGCGACCGGAGAGCAUGGGACAGGCACGACGCAUCGAAGGCAUCACACCUGCCGGAUGCGUGCGGCUCCUCACUUUCGUGAGGAAGAGCAAAGAAGCGCACCGCCCAACACAGUUUGAUAAUGUCCUGGCUGCUGAUAUGGCGCCCUUAGGCACCGAGGUUGACUCUCUUGAUUCUGAGGCGCGGACGCAAGAUUUAUUCAGCGGCCCGGCGUAA